AUGGAGUCUCCGGCCAACACGACCUCUGUGAUUGAUUUGAGAAACUCAAUGGUUUCGGGUGCAGUGUCCAGCUCGCCCAUCAGAUACUCCUUCAGUAUCUCGACGAGGGCCAAGUUGCUUUCUGGGUUAAUAUGGAGUCCAGAGAUAAAUAAGAGUUUGUUGCCUGUAUUUUGUACAGAACGCGGGAUUUGGGCACCGGCCUCAGGAUACACAACAUCAACAACCGUGAAGAUGCCGGGAUCAACUUCCAUGCCCAAAACUCCAACCACAACACCGGUAACCAGUAGAAUAUUGUCCAGGAUCUCUCCAGCCAGAAUCAUCCGACCUGACUCGUCUUCCAGCAUUACCUGGUCAUUCUGCGGGUCUGAGUACGCCUGUGCUCUGAUCUGGUCGAGCUUGCUCAAAUCCGCGGAGCUCUUAACGUCCUCGGCUCCAUACACGUUAUUGCUCACGUCUUCCAGGAUAUUUGGUUUAUACUUCAUAUCCAUGAACACAGUGCCGAUCGUGUAG